AUGCCCUCCGUCGCAGAAGCCGCUGAAUCAGAGGAUGCCCCAUCUUCACAUAUCGCUACACUUCCCCGAGCCUUCACCAUCGAGCCAGACACUCCACGGCGCGUGGAAUGGAUGUGUGGCCCAUUGAUUGGCAAAGGAUCUUUCGCCAAGGUUUACUACGGGAUCAAGGUGGACACAGGCGAUAUCAUGGCGGUUAAGCAAGUCGAGAUGAUCAACAUUCCGCGCAAAAAGGCCGGCGGCAAGAAGGAUGCCAGGCGACGGAUGGUCGAUGCCCUCCACCAGGAGAUUACUCUUCUGAAGGAUCUGGACCACGAAAAUGUCGUCAGAUACCUCGGAUAUGACGUGCAGGGAAAGCAUAUCAAUGUCUUCUUGGAAUAUGUUUCCGGUGGAUCUAUAGCUUCCGCAAUCGCCACAAUGGGACGCUUUGAAGAGCCGUUGGUCAGGAGUCUGACGUGCCAGAUUUUGUGCGGAUUGCAGUAUCUGCACGAGCGGGCGAUCAUACACAGAGAUAUUAAAGGCGGGAACGUACUGUUGGAUGAAAGUGGUGUUGCCAAGAUCACCGACUUUGGCAUAUCCAAGAAGAAUGAAUACAAGCUCGCCUACCGUAUGAAUACCAAGAUGUCUCUUCAAGGCUCCGUCCACUGGAUGGCACCGGAGGUUGUCAAAGCCAAAGGGUACUCCGCCAAAGUCGACAUCUGGAGUCUGGGAUGUCUCGUUCUCGAGAUGUUUACGGGAUACAACCCUUGGAGGCAACUGGAUGAAUUGCAGACGGUGUGGAAACUGGGACGAGAGAACGCCCCGCCGAUACCCGAGUGGUUGUCGCCUAUGGCACAGGAGUUUUUGGCCAAAUGCUUCACCAUUGACCCCGAUCAACGCCCCACAGCGGCACAGUUACUCGAUCACUCCUUC